CCCAAAUUGAAUGUUUCUAUUUUUCAAUUAGACUGUUCUUUCAUCUGCCAAAAUUUGGAAGUCAAGGGACCAGAACUGAACAUUGCUCAACCUCAAGGGUGGAGCGAUAACAUAGCACGAAAACUAUCAACUCGUUCCACUGCCCCCUCCUUACGAUAGAAAUGGAUAAACCCUCCUAAAAUCCUUCAGCUCAACAACCUUAGCACUUUCAAGACCCUCAAAGGUAUAAUUCAUAAACUAAGUUUUUGCCAUUUAUUUUCAAUUAGCUUUUAAGUUUCUUCACAAUUUUGCCAUUAUGCUAAAACAGUUUCACACCUCAAAGCCACAAUCUUUACUAGUUGUAUGCCAACCCACGCUUCUAAAGCACAAUUUUACGUUGAAAUCUUUGAGCAUUUCUAAUUGUGUUAGCAAGAAAACGCAAACCCAUGAUUUUAAUCGCUUAUUAAGCCCAAGAACUUUAGUCCUUUUCAGCAAUAAACCCACUUCUAAAAAAUGGAACUUAGAAACAUCUAUGAAUUUUUCAUGUGGGUUUCACCCUUCUAUUACUGCUAGAAGUUUUUCAACUUCAGAUAAUGGGAAAAUAGUACAAGGCAGUGAAAAGAGUCUUCCUUGGCUUGCAAAAGAUAAAGCCAAACAAACUAAAAGACCUGAAAAAGUGGUUGUAAAUAAGUCUUCUUGGGAGGAAUCGGCUGAGAAGUUCUUGAAAAGCGGUGUUUCUGCUGCGAAGAGCGUAGAAUUUAAGAGAAAUGAGGAUAGACGAGACAAUUAUCGGGGAAGGACUUAUAGUGGGGAAGAAAAUGAUGAAGGAGAAAUGGAGGAAGUGGAUAAUCCGAGAUGGGAUAAGAUUAAGAGCAGGUUAAGUCGGAUUAAUGUAAGACCGGGGUCUGAUAGGCCGGAGGUUAGAAGGUGGAACAAUCAAGAUAGUUGGGGUAAAAAGACGUGGAAAGAGGCGACUGAAUCUAACCUACCGAGAAUGGUUGGUGAGGGAAUUUACGGUGUUGGUCCUGUUUUAGCUGCAUUAUCAGCUGGAAGAAGGGAAUUUUAUGGUCUGUAUAUUCAGGAAGGGUUGGAUUUGAGUGGGAAUAACAGGAAGAAGAAGGAUAAGAAAGGGUUUGAGAGAGUUUUGAGGAUGGCGGAAAAAGUUGGAUUAGGUAAAAAUGAGGUAUCUAAACAUGACCUGAAUAUGAUUAGUGAUAACAGGCCCCAUCAGGGACUUCUCCUCGAUGCUUCUCCAUUGGAAAUGGUUGGUAUUAAGGAAUUAGAACCUGUUUCAAUUGAGGAAGAGAGCACUCCUCUUUGGGUUGCUUUGGAUGAGGUUACUGAUCCUCAGAAUUUGGGUGCAAUUAUACGGUCUGCUUACUUUUUCGGAGCUUCUGGGAUUGUGUUGUGUGCUAAGAACUCAGCACCAUUGAGUGGAGUAGUGAGCAAAGCAAGUGCGGGCUCACUUGAAUUAAUGGAGCUGAGGUCUUGCAAGAAUAUGAUGCAAUUCCAAACGUCUUCAGCAGAAAAUGGAUGGCGGGUCCUAGGUGGUUCUGUUUCAUCUAGAGCUGUUGCAUUGCAUGAGAUUGUGCCAGGUGCUCCUACAAUCCUUGUUUUGGGAAGUGAAGGCACUGGUCUGAGGCCAUUGGUGGAGAGGUCAUGUACUGAAUUAGUUAGAAUUCCGGGAAAUAUCCCUGUCGAUAUAAUUGCUGGAGAAGACGAGGAUGCAGUGGAUGCCGAGAAAGAUAAUAGUUUUUCAGGUCAGAACUUUAGAUCCUUUAUGGCUGUCGAAAGCUUGAAUGUAAGUGUUGCAGCGGGUGUGCUUCUACAUCACUUGAUUGGUAGCAAAAACAACUAACAAGCUAAUGUAUUUUUGUGAGACUUAAUUUCAAUUGUUUCAACGAUUUUCAACUG